CGAGGAAAGAAGGAUGCCACUGCCCUUGCGUAGGCUUGGCUGCGAAGGUUAAAGUCCCUUGACAUCAAGCUCGCAGACAUCAUCGCUUUCGUCAAAGACUCGGCCAAUUCGAUUUUUUUGUGUGAUGGAGGUGUUCCAGAAGUGGCAGAAGGAUGCGAGUGUGAAGCAUAUCUUCUGGAUUCCUUGUGUGGCGCACGUCAUGGACCUCAUCCUUGAGGACAUCGGCGACUUUGAAUGGGUGGCAACUCGCAUUGCUCAGGCGCGGGUGGUCACAAAGUUUUUCAAGCGCCAUAGUCAUGCUCGCGAGGUUUUGCAAACUUUCACGACGAUGGCACUAUUGCUUCCCACCGAGACUCGCUUCGGCCCGCACGUCAUUAUGAUGCGGCGACUUCUUCAGCUGCAAGUGCAUCUUAUGCAGGUGGUCACUGAUGAUCGAUGGAAGAACACUGUUUGGUCAACGAAGAAGAUUCGAGACGACGCCGCGGAGGUCACAGCAUGUGUCGGUUGUCCACGGUUGUGGCAGGAUAUGAAAGCGGUGUGCAAGUUGUUGGAUCCCAUCAUGGACAUGCUGCAGAUGGUGGACAACGACACGAGGCAGAUUGGGAAGAUUUUGCGUCGGUACAACGAGAUGAUCAUGCAUUGUUUGUCUGCAUGUGCUGCUUUUGACAAGCAGGACGCAGUGCUUGAAGUCUUUGACAGAUGCUGCACCAUGUUCAAGUCGCCGGCUCAUGUUGCUGCCAUGAUGUUGGAUCCCGAGUUUCGAGAGCGCACAAUGUUGGAGGUGACACGGGCCGAGAAGCUCGUGCAAUGCCACUGGAACCUUCGGCUUCUUGUCAGGCACGCUAUGUCGGAUGAUGCUCCCAAUGACAAGGCACAUCCGUAUGGGAGCUGGGUGCACUAUUGGCAGCAGGUGGAGGACGAGGUGCCCACCGACAAGCAACUUGUCUCAGGCCGAGGAACCCGUGCGAUGGUGACGCAAGAGGAGUUGAUGCAGAUUCCAGUUUCUAAGGACUCUUUCAGCGAUGACGUUGACGAGGAGCGGAUCGAGCAGGAUGAUGGGAGCGGUCAUGCACGAAAUGAUACUCAGAAUAUGCACGCGACAACUUCGACAGGGUCCUCCGCAUCAAUCCCGGAAUCGCAACAAGGUCGCGGACCAUUGAUGCGUCAUCCCGAGAUCAAGGGAGAUACCGGUGAUCUCCCGAUAAAGCAGGACGAGGGUUCUGCUGCUGCACUGCAUCCACUCACGUCUGCUGGCGGACCGACAGUCUCAGCUACAGUGACUUCAAACGUGCGACGACCACCAGCAGCGGCGGAGCAGGAAAGUAUGCUCCCACCUCAUAGCUGUCAUGGAGUUCAGCUUGACGUACGCAGGGAGGUGGUUGCUAUGCAACAAUCAGACACACAUGGACCCGAUGCAGACGACACCGUAUCGUGGCCACCGCCUGCAUUGAUGGAGGGGACUGUUGUUGAGUGUACAGGCGCCGAUCUCCCGGAAGGGGAAGUCUCACACACUCCCGCACCUGAGCAGAGCGCCGCAGGCCAUGUCGGCCUCGCAUGCCCCACCGACAGUCGUCCGGGUGCCGGCGAGUUAUCGGCCAUGGACUCGACGCUUGUCUCUCUCCCGGACUUGUCGACUUUGAUAUCUCCUGGUCGACCCCACGUGUCACCGCCCAACCCACAUCAGCCUGUCGCCAUAGAGCGAGGGCCAGAUGCGUUUGAUGAGUUUGGAGGCGAUACGAUUACGGUGUGCCCAACGGUGUCUGCCACGCCCACAGUUUUUCGUGUUUGCAGACCUCACGAGGUAGACCUUGCUAAAGCCAAGACGACGAUGCGACACCUCCGCGAUGGUCACCGCAACAUUGCACAACGUAGUUUGUCUGAUUCGUUCGAUGGUGCGGAGGAUGGUGGCUUUGCUGCACCCCAUUAGCGUGGCUGCCAGCGCAAUUGCAGGCGUCCCCGCCACGGACACCACCGACG